AAGAACAGGAAGGAUACACUUCCAUGGAGACGGGGACGCCAGAGUGGUUGUUAUGAUCAAUGUAUAAAACACUGUAAGCUGCUUCGUGUCACCUUAAUGAUGUGAAACUGCGAAAGGUAGUGCAAAGCCUCGAAACAGAUUUCUAAAGCUCCAUUUUCAAAGUGCAGUGGAAUUACUAACCGAGCAAACGGGAGAGUUUCCAGUCACAAGAUGUGGAGGCGAGGAGGUCGAAGCUCAGCUCUGGACCGAGCUCAAGCUCUCCUCUCCGCCAAGAGACCCGGGCGAGUAGGAGCCGAUGAGUCUGCAACCAAAACAUGGAGUCGUGCGGAUGAUGUUGACGGGUUUGUGACAACCAGAGCUGUGCCCCCAACUCAAACUUUACUAUCAGAUCUGAGUGACCUGUCCUCUGCCAGCUCAGCUCCUGACCCUGAAGCUGCCCCUGGAAGCUCUGCCACUGCAUGGAGCACCCAGGACACAGGCAGGGAACCCACCAGGGAUCUCAGACCUCAGAGCUCUCUGGGUGGAGGAGGGAGCAGGUUCUUGAAGAAGGCUCCUCCACCUGCAACUAACAGCAGUCAAGAGCCUAAUCCAAGAUACGUGUCGUCUUCACAGAGAGGCUUCCAGAACGCUGCUUUAAAUAGACUGGCUCAAAUCGAGAGUCGCUUCCGCAGCCGUAAGCAGGCUCAGGAACAAACCAGGCAGGGUUCUGAGAAUACAACCUCCGACUUGAGAAUCUCACCCCCACCAGCUGCCAGGUCCCUGGAGGCCCCCGUGCAACUCUCAGCACAGUCCAGCAGCGACCAGAGCCUGUCGGGGAAACGUUUCCUCAAGAACACCACAAGAGGCAGAGAUACUGAAGUCAGGUCCACCUCCAGAGCUGCUGAUGUUGUUUUCCCUUCGGCUAGUUUGGACAAAAAGUCGGGGGGAGUCGUGAGUGGUGUGAGUCUGGAAAGUGAUGAAGAGGACAUGAAGAAGCUGCUCGGAGACUCGCUGGAUUCAAUGGAUAGCAGCUUCUUGAAACCAAGGAGACCGUCUUCUGCAAGAACUACAGACAAGAUGUUGAUCAAAAGCAGUCCAAAGGUCCAAUCCACUCCUCCUCCAAAGCCAGCACCUACUCACUCCCCUACCUCUCCUACUCAUCGCAGUUCUCCUUUUCGAUUCACUGGCCAGGCUCAGUCCCACUUCAGCCCCUUUGCACUCUCCCCAUCCCCCUCUCCUCCCCAUAUCUCCCCGUCUCCUCCUAGAAGACUGAAUUACUCUCACAGGACCGAGAGCCCACCGAGAUCCCUCUCCUCCAUGUCUGGCUGCAGCCAGGUGAUGUCUCUGGAGGAACUUUUCCCUGCUCGGUGUAACGCUGAAGAUCUUCAGAGUGAUAUGAGUGAAGUUUUCUCUGAAGACUUCAAGAUAAAUGUGAUGACAUUAGAUGACCUCGUCCCUGCUAACCCUGGAUUUACUGAGGAAGCACCACACAAGGAGAAACAAGCCAAACACAGCUCCCCUCAACAGCUGCCUAGAUUGAAGGAGGAGGAAAAAGGCGAGCAGCAGCAGGAGGAGGAGGAGGACAUGCAGGACUACCAAAGUGACUUUGAGAGUGAGAGCAGGACAGAGCCAGAUCACAGUGCCAGCCAGGUUUCAGAGCACUUGCAGGCACAUGGAGAUGAAGAGGAGAUUGUAUCAGAGAUUAUGGAGAAAACGACUGAUUCAGAUGUUUCCCAUGGGAGGACAGGAGAUGAUUACUCAAGCACUUUCUCAGACACAAGUCGCUCUUACACCUCACCAACUGCAAACCAAAGUCAAACAUUUAACAGAGGCACGGACUCCAGAGCCCCCACAUCUUCAGUAUCACAUGCCAGCCGGUCCAGGAGACGUCCUUACACUGAAACAGUUUUAAAAGACUCAGCAGUUCAGACUCAGCCUGAUUCACUGGCUCCUGGUAUGUCAACUUUAGGUCCUACUGUGGGCACGGCUUACACGUAUCCCAGCCCAGUGGUCGCUCAUACUCUCAGUGCAGAUAUGGUGGAAGCUCUCUGCACCUUCAACCCAGCUGCAUUUGCGCUCAAUGAAGUACUGAAACAGCAACUUGCACUGACAAGACGGUUCAUUGAAAGAAACAGAGAUCUUCAUUUCAGCUUGAUGAAGAGCCUGGAACCACCAAACUAUCGAUACACCACGCUGGAGGACACCAUGGAGUUGUUCCACAGUAUAUUCGCAAACAGAGACCUCCCAAGCUGACAGUGGAGGAAGCCAUAGAAGAAGUGAUGCAGGAAAUGAAUGACCAUCAUCACAUCUGAUCACUGAAUGACCGACAACACAUCGACAUGUGUGGAAGCAAAGACAUUUUCCUGGUCCUUUUUUUCAAGAAGAGUUUGGUACAUAAAAAUAGUAUUUUUCUACCACAUGAAGGAUGAGAUUAUUUGUUGUUCUCAUAUAAAAUGUAAAGUAUCAUAAAAUUUCAAUGCUUUUGUGAAAGUGUAGUCAUCAUAGAUUCAGGUGUACGUUUGUGUCAAAGGUAGAAUCAUGCUAUGCCAAGUCUUUGUGUAUGGAUUGAAUUGUUUUAUAUUUUAAUGAUAACCUCUGCUGGUGAAAUAGCAUUGAGCGUCAACGCUGUCACUCAAACAUUCAUCAGCGUAACAUCAAGACUUUUCAUUUUCAGGGUUCGAAAUGUCAAUUUUUUAUGCUUUGUAAGAAUCGCUAGUUAACCAAAAAAUUAAACCGCAGUACAGUCUGAUUUUUUCUAUACCUUUUUACACUUUAAUGUUACUUUGUGAUUAUUGGCUAUGUCAGUGUCUGAUAUUGUGGAACAAUAAAACAUUUCUUAAUA